UCAUCUCAAAUCCCCACGUGCUGAUUAACGGUGCCCUUUACUUCCCCACGUAAUCCAAAUUACCACAAAAUAAAGAAAAAAAGAAACUCAAGUUGUUAGCAUCAAACGAAAAUGGCUCUAGAAGAUUGAACAAGAAGAUAUCACUGGACUAGGGUUACUACUAUCUGGGAAGUAAAAACCUCUUCAUGAUGGAAAUAAGCAUUGCAAGGUGUCAUCUCGAAACAAACGGGAUUUUCUUUUUCGAUAUCUCAAGAACAAUAGGACGGGAAAACACUCAGAAGCUUUCUUUUCAUGUGGCUGCCCUGAAUUCUAGGUGGGACUUGCACAGAUUGGCGUCUUCCUAUCAAGCUUUUACUGCAGUGUAUCCAAGAAGGCCUUUUUCCUGCAGAACACUUUCUACGCCCAUUAGUUUAGGGUCUGCAUCAUUACAAUCUGGAGAUAAGUCUAGUGAGGAUGUGGAUCCAUAUGCAGACUCAGAAGAGGGAACAUUGGCACAUCCUUUAACCAGUGAACAGAUAAGGGCACUGCUUGCUGAUACUGAAAGAACAAAACUCACUAAGAAGCUUAGUGAAGCCAACCAGCAAAACAGAUUCCUCAAAAGACAGUUGCAUGUAAAGGAGGAUGCAUUGGUAAAAUUUAAAAGUGACCUUGCUGUCAUGGAGCUUGAAAUUCAGGCUUUGGCCAGACUAGCAGAAGAAAUAGCUCAAUCUGGUAUUCCAGAACGUUCAAGGAAGAUCAAUGGAAAGUACAUUCAUUCUCACCUUGUUGCUAGAUUAGAAGCUGUACAUGAACAAUUGAAGGAACAAAUAAAGGAUGUUGGUGCGGCACAAUCGAAGCAGGUCUCUGUAUUUUGGGUUGGCAUGGCUGAGAGUGUGCAAGUUAUGGGCACCUUUGAUGGUUGGAGCCAAGGAGAGCACCUUUCACCUGAGUACACUGGUUCUUACACAAGGUUCUCAACAACAUUGAUGCUCAGGCCAGGAAGGUAUGAAAUCAAAUUCUUAGUAGAUGGGGAAUGGAAGCUGUCACCGGAGUUCCCGCUUACUGGUGAAGGGUUAACAAAAAAUAAUUUGUUAAUUGUUGAGUGAUCCAUAUUAUCAAUCCGUGCAUAACAAAAAUGUCUCUUCUUACAUCUCCAAAUCAUCUAAGGAGCUUUUGAUGCAUCACUUCAAGAAUUCUUGUUAGUCAUAUUGCUUGUGUAGCACAACUCUCAGCUGCUAUGUAUUAUGCUUCAUUCGCAUAAAGUGCAACAACUGAUUGUAGAGGACCAUGAUAUCGCACCACUACCAAGAUGGAAUGCGUACCCUGGUCUAGUCACUAUUUGUGUAUCCAACGAGUUUCACAUCGUUAUUACUAGCAUAAAUAUUCCAUCCUUCAAAGUACCUUUGAUAUAUCUGAGAGAUCUCUGUGCUCCUUGCUAAUGACAAUCUCAUGGCUCCAUGAAUCUAGAGAGCAAUCCUACUCCACAAACUAUAUCUGAUCUUACUGUAUUCAAAUAUCUCAAACUCCCAAUCAAACUUUUGUAAUAAGUUGAAUCAACCCUCUUGCCUCCAUUUCUCCUGCCAGCUUCAAUUUCUUUUUGCCAAUAGUUGUGGAAAUGUACUUUGAAUUUGUCAUCUUGAAUUUCUUCAAAAUAUCAUCAACAUAUAUUUUCUGAGAUUAAAAUUU